UUCGGCGCAAGUUCAGAGGGCAAACCAGAAGUUGCGGUUCGCCUCCUCCUCUUAUCCGCCGUCUCAGAUCUCUCUGCGUGCGCGCGGCGGCGAUGGCGUCUUUCUCGGAGGCUCCCCCCGGCAACCCCAAGGCGGGCGAGAAGAUCUUCAAGACCAAGUGCGCGCAGUGCCACACCGUCGAGAAGGGCGCCGGCCACAAGCAAGGUCCAAACUUGAAUGGUCUCUUCGGAAGGCAGUCCGGUACAACUGCUGGCUACUCCUACUCCGCGGGAAACAAGAACAAGGCUGUGGUCUGGGAGGAGAACACUUUGUAUGAGUACCUGCUUAACCCUAAGAAGUACAUUCCUGGAACCAAGAUGGUCUUCCCUGGGCUGAAAAAGCCACAGGAGCGUGCUGAUCUCAUUGCUUACCUGAAGGAAGCCACCGCAUAGAAAAAUGGCAUGCUGAACCAUGGGGAGACAAUUCGUUUUACAGUUUAAUAAAGAGGUUUAGACAAUUCGGGUCACUCUGGUUGAACAGGGUGCAAUCCACGAGACAAUUAUUGAGCAUUUUGGUUCUUAUGUUUGUUUCGAAUGUCUAGGUGUUUAGCUGAACAAAAAACAGUCAAAACUUUGACGGCUCUGUUUCAACUGCUGGAGAAAUUCCAGCGCCCUAUUUUUGACCACCGGGUGGUGGAACUGGAAAUCUGGAAUGCACCCAUUUUGAAGGACCUGAGAUGUGUAAAGUUGC